AUGGCAGAGAAAACAACAAAAAAAGAUAUCCAAGCAACAGAAAAAAAAUUAAUUUUAAUUGAUUUAGAUGGCACCACUUUAGACAAAGACUUUCGAACUUUUAAUCAGUUGAAUCAAAAAGUACUUACUCAUUUACAUAAAUUAGGUCACAAAGUUUGUAUUGCUACUGGUCGUAAUUACUUGUCCGCUUUACCUUACUACGAAAAAUUAGGUUUAAAUACUUUAAUGGCAACUUACAACGGAGCCUAUAUUAAUAAUCCAAAAAAAGAAAAACUAAAAAAAGCACCGGAAACCCUCAAUGUUAAUCAUAUCCCAAAUGGAGUGAUUAGAGGAAUUAUGCAAGAAAAGAUAGUUAAAGAUAAUUUGCUAAAUUCUUUGGGAGAGAAAAAUGCUUUGCAAUUAGUUUUGGAGUUCGCUAAUAACGAAAAAAAACUUAACGCAAUUAUCUCUGCUUUACGCAGUAAAUACCAUUCUUCUGUUUUUUUUGACGUUGUUAAUAAAUUAAAAAAAGACCCGAAAAAUUCCAAAUCUCCUACCCUUGUCCCCGACCCCGAAAAAAUUGUCAUUCGCAUUCGUUCAGCAAUCGCGGAUAAAGGCAGAGCGGCGGAAAGAUUAGCCGUUCAUUAUAAUAUCCCUUUGAAAGACACUGUUGCUUUUGGUGAUAGCGAAAAUGAUAUCGAAAUGAUUCGUGAUGUUGGCUGA